GGCUUGCGAAGAUGGCGGCCCUCUGUUUGGGAUUUUUCUCUUUGCCACCAUGUUGGGUUUCAUUUCCGCCCGCCAAGCUGGUCUUGACGACCCAUUGAGGUUACGGCGGGCUGAAUCGACAAGGAGGGUAUUGAGUUUGGAGUUAAGCAAGGAUAAAGAUGUUGAAAGGAUCCAUGGGAGUGGUAUUACUACUCUGGAUAUUGAACCUGUUGAAGGACGAUACAUGUUAUCAGGUGGUUCAGAUGGCGUUAUUGUUUUGUAUGACCUUGAAAACUGUAGUGGAAAACCAUGCUAUACAUGUAAGGCAGUUGGUUCUGUGGGCAGAAGACAUCCUGAUGUGCAUAAAUUCAGUGUAGAGACUGUUCAGUGGUAUCCUCAUGACACUGGCAUGUUUACAUCAAGUUCAUUCGAUAAAACGUUAAAAAUAUGGGAUACAAAUACAUUGCAACCUGCGGAUGAAUUUAAUUUUGAAGGAACAGUAUACAGUCAUCACAUGUCUCCUAUUGCUACCAAGCAUUGUUUAAUUGCAGUUGGUACCAAAAGCCCCAAAGUACAGCUUUGUGACUUGAAGUCUGGAUCUUGUUCUCACAUUCUGCAGGGUCACAAACAGGAGAUCUUGGCGGUAUCUUGGUCACCACGUUACGAGUACAUCUUGGCAACUGCAAGUGCUGAUAGCAGAGUGAAAUUAUGGGAUGUGCGGAGAGCAUCUGCUUGUCUGAUUACUCUUGAUCAGCAUAACAUGGAGAAGUCAAAAGCAUCUUCUGAAGCAGCGUAUACUGCCCAUCAUGGGCGAGUUAAUGGCUUAUGCUUCACAAGUGAUGGGCUUCACCUUCUGACCAUUGGUACGGAUGACCGCAUGAGACUUUGGAACAGUUCCAAUGGGGAGAAUACACUGGUGAACUAUGGGAAGGUAUGCAAUGAAAGUAGAAAAGGACUCAAAUUUGCUGUCUCCUGUGGCUGCAGUCCAGAAUUUGUGUUUGUGCCAUACAGUAACACUAUUGCUAUUUAUACCAUUUACUCUGGAGACCUAAUAACUAUGCUUAGAGGCCACUAUAGUUCUGUCGACUGCUGUGUCUUUCAGCCUCAUUUUCAGGAACUUUAUAGUAGUGGCAAAGAUGGCAAUAUUCUUGUCUGGGUACCCUGUCUGAGAGAACCAGAGCCUGAUGAUUCCUCUGAAAAGGGUUUAAACCCAGCAUAUGAAGAUGCCUGGAGCAGCAGUGAUAGUGAAGGAUAAAUUCCUUGUGAAUUGCGGACAGUGAUGUGCAUGUUUUGGUGGAAGGAUAUUGUCUAGAAGUUCCAAACAAGUACCAGCAGUGUCUUUCAAGUUCUUACAAUGUAAAUAAUGUAUAUUUCCCUGUACAGAUACUUUUUCUUGACAUUUUGUUCCAUCUGCAUACUUUUAUUUUAAAAUACUCUUAAUAUUU